GUUAUAAAAAGGAUGUGACAGAAGAAAGGAAGUGGCAGAUUCAUCUGAACCCGUGUGUCUGUGGCUGCAGCCAUGACACAACCGUGGAUUAUUCUGCUUUUUGGCCUGGGGUUGAUGGCAGCAAAGCUGACGGGUGAAACCGACACUGAUGUUGAUGAGGGCCACGACUGGGACAUCACUGACAUCAAUGAAGCGGCUGGCCUGGACCUUUUUGAGGGAGACAUUGAAGAGGGUGUGUUGAGAAACACUAGAAUAGGAGACGAAUAUCGCUGGCCUAAAAGCGUCCCCUACUACCUGGAGGACAGCCUGGAAAUGAACGCAAAGGGAGUGAUCCUGAAGGCAUUUGAGCAGUACAGACUUAAGACUUGCAUUGACUUCACACCGUGGAAAGGAGAGGGGAACUACAUCUCUGUGUACAAAGGCCCGGGAUGCUCUUCUAUGGUUGGCAACCAGCGUUGGGGGUCUCAGAGACUCUCUAUUGGUGAAGACUGUGAUUCAUUAGGAACUGUUGAGCAUGAGUUCCUACAUGCUCUUGGUUUCUGGCACGAACAGUCCAGAUCUGACCGUGACGACUAUGUUGACAUCAUAAAGAGUAACAUUAAACCUAAAUAUGAGAAUAACUUCAAAGAACAUAAUGACACUGAGUCCAGUGCUCUGGGCGUUCCCUAUGAUUACAUGUCUGUGAUGCACUAUGGUAAAAUGUACUUCAGCACUGGGGCUGGUCCCACCAUCGUCACCAAGAAUCCCCACUUCUCUGAUGUGAUUGGUCAGAGGAUAGGGUUCAGCGCCAGUGAUCUUACUAAACUCAACCGCCUCUACAACUGCACCACAUCUGUGACUUUUGUGGACAGCUGUGACUUUGAGGAUGAAACCAUCUGUGGGAUGAUCCAGGGUCCUGGAAACACAAAGUGGGAACGACAUAAUUCUGUUAGAGGAGGGCCCCAGACUGACUUCACCAACAUGGAAAAAUGCAAAGGGAGUGGUUACUUCAUGCACUUCAGCACUGCCUCCGCUAACCCCGGAGACCGUGCAUCUCUGCAGAGUCGAAUGCUUUACCCCAAACCUGGAGCCCAGUGUCUGCAGUUCUUCCUGUUCAACACAGGGGCGGCUGAUGACGUUCUCAAUGUCUGGGUGAAAGAGUAUGAUGAGACCAACCCCAGUGGUGAACUCCAAUUGUACAAGAGUAUUUCAGUCUUUACAGGAGGCGACACAGGCGUCUGGAAUCUGCAUCAGGUUAAUAUUUAUGUGGCAAAGAAGGCUCGUGUGAUUUUUGAGGGGGUAAGAGGGAAACAGCCAUCAUCAGGGGGGUUCUCUUUGGAUGACAUCAACCUGUCAUCCACCAAGUGUCCUCACCACAUCUGGCCUGUCCAAAUCACCAAGAGUCAACUGGGAGAAGCCAUGUUCAGCCCUCGCUUUCUGUCUCCGACAGGUUACACCUUCCAGAUCCAACUGUACCCAAAUGCACAGACUGAUCCACCUGGGUACAUGGCUGUCUUCAUUCACUUGACCUCUGGACCCAACGACAGGAACCUCCAGUGGCCGUGUCCUUGGCACCAGGUGACCAUGGUUCUGAUAGACCAGCAGUCUGACAUCAGAGAGCAAAUGAACAUGCACCUUAUGCUCACCACAGACCCCAAAAAGAUGUCAUCUGAUGGUACUAAAUUCUUCUGGGAUAAUCCUCGCAAGGUUGGCUCCAGAGUGACCGCCCCUGAUGGCAGCUCCUUCUACCGUGGUCCAGGUCAGGCAUUAUUCAUUGAGCGGGCCCGCCUGAAGGGCAGAAACUUCAUUAAAGGGGACGAUGCCUUCUUCCUUUUCAGUGUGGAAGAUAUUUCUCAUCUCCUGCUCCCUCAGCCUCUUCCCCAGUUUGGAGUUCAUGCUGAUGCCAAAGCUGCAGACCAAGAGUUUCCUCCACACGACUCUACUAAAACCCCCACAGUGAUGAUUGUUUUCAUGGUGUCUGUAGGUGUAGCCAUAAUGCUGAUUUCAGUGCUGAUUUCAGGAAACAUGUGGAUGAUGAGGAAGAGGGAGAAGAAUCAACUGGAGAAUGAUGAAGAAUUGAUCAUACAGGACAAACCUAGAUUCAUAAGAGUGUGAGUAAAGAAAAUAAAGUCAGAGCUAAUUCAUAUCAUUACAGUUCAUAUCAACCAUAACUGACUGUCUAAUACAUCUAGACCUGGGGUGCCAAACAUGCGGCCUGCGGGCCAAAACCAGCCCACCAAAAAGUUUAAAUCUGUCCCACAGGAUGAAUUUGCAAAGUGCAUAAAUUACACUGAAUAUAUAAACAGUUAAAGAUAUUGAACUGGUUUUACUUCAAGUUCCACACACAGAUCAAUGUGAGCUCAAGUAAAAUCAUAAUAACCUAUAAAUAGGUUCGUAUGAUUCAUUAUAAAUAAUGAUUCUUGGUUUAAUCUGAAAAAAAAAAUUACACUAUGAAAAUAUUUACAUUUACAAACUAUUCUUUCACAAUAAAUGUGAAUAACCUGAACAAAUAUGAACAACCUGAAAUGUCUAAAGACAAUUA